AUGGAGUCUCUAAAGUCAAAAAUGGCAUUGAUGUUGAUCUUGGUUGUGGCCACAGGAGGAAUGGCCAAGGCACAGAGCGGUACAUGCUCGAACGAGCUGAGUAACCUAAACGUUUGUGCACCGUUUGUGGUGCCUGGUUCAUCCAACACAAACCCAAAUGCUGGGUGCUGCAAUGCUCUCGGAUCUGUUGACACUGAAUGUCUUUGCAGCACUAUUAGGAUUGGUUCUCAAUUGCGCUCUAAGUGUAAUCUUCCACCCCUUGGUUGCGCCAAUUAA